CGCCUUUGGGGGCAUGAAGAAAAGAAAGUGAGAAAGCCAUAAGGAAUAAGGAAGGAGACAGAGAGAGGCCAUGCCUUCAUCUGAUCUGCAGGAGGGGUGCAGUGUGAAUCUUACAGCGGCCUUGUCUCACAUCCACAAAAGUUGAGUAUCGUGCUAUGGAUCAUUCAGAGCACAAGACGGAUGACAACAAGAAGGACACGACAUUGUGGGGCGGUGCCCCCCAGUAUGAUUACGUCCACUAUGAAGAUUGCACUACUUAUGGGAUCCCAUCAGAAACAGGCUACGAGACUGGGGGAACUGGGGAUGAUGUGCACUACCAAGAGAAAGCCCUCAAACAUGUGCAGCUCUAUGGCCAGUACACGGACAAGCUCCCCAGUCUUUCUCAGAAGGAAGCCGCUGAACUCCUGACUGAGAAGACACCUCAGCGCAAUGGCCAAGGUCCCCUGAAACGGAGCAGUCAGGCCGAAAUCAAAGAGGAACGCUACUCCAAAUGUCAUGCCUGUGCUAAAAGCAUCCAGAAAUAUUUAACCAAGAAGCUAGGGGAAGACUGGAUAUUCUUAGUUCUCCUGGGUCUUGUCAUGGCGCUGGUGAGCUGGAGUGUGGAUUAUGCCAGUGCAAAGAGCUUGCAAGCUUACAAAUGGAUGUACAAAGAACUUCACCCAAGUAUCCCUAUGCAGUACCUGGCCUGGGUCACGUACCCCCUCAUCCUCAUCCUUUUUGCUGCCCUCUUCUGCCAACUUGUCUCUCCACAGGCUGUGGGCUCUGGAAUCCCUGAGCUGAAAACUAUCAUGCGGGGAGUUGUCCUUAAGGAGUACCUAACGCCUAAAGCAUUUUUGGCCAAAGUUGUCAGCCUCACAGCUGGCCUGGGAAGUGGGAUACCUGUUGGGAAAGAGGGCCCUUUCGUGCACAUUGCUAGCAUCUGUGCUGCUGUCCUCAGCAAGUUUAUGUCUAUCUUCUGUGGUGUAUAUGAGCAGCCAUACUAUUAUACAGAUGUCCUGACUGUGGGAUGUGCGGUGGGGGUUGGCUGCUGUUUUGGAACACCACUUGGAGGUGUUCUCUUCAGCAUUGAAGUUACUUCCACCUACUUUGCAGUUCGCAAUUAUUGGCGGGGAUUCUUUGCAGCCACGUUCAGUGCCUUUGUUUUCCGAGUCUUUGCUGUCUGGAAUAAAGAUGCAGUCACCAUCACCGCCUUGUUCAGAACAAACUUUCGUAUGGAUUUUCCCUUUGACCUGCAGGAGCUGCCUGCGUUUGCUGUAAUAGGGAUCUGCUCUGGGUUCCUUGGAGCAUUUUUUGUUUAUUUCCAUCGGCAGGUGGUUUUGUGUGUUCGUCGGCACACAGCUCUAAGUCAGUUCCUCACCAAAUACCGCCUUGUCUAUCCAGCAGUUAUAACCUUCCUGAUAGCAUCCCUGACAUUCCCCCCAGGCUUUGGACAGUUUAUGGCUGGAGAGUUGAUGCCCAGAGAAGCCAUCAGCAGCCUCUUUGAUAACUACACUUGGGUAAAGCAUAUAGAGGACCCCCAAAUCCUGGGGAAGUCUGCUGUUUGGAUCCAUCCCAAUGUCAGUGUGUUUGUCAUCAUCCUUCUGUUCUUCCUCAUGAAGUUCUGGAUGUCUGUCGUUGCCACUACCAUGCCGAUACCAUGUGGAGGCUUCAUGCCUGUGUUUGUGCUAGGGGCUGCAUUUGGACGCCUAGUUGGUGAAAUUAUGGCCUGGUUUUUCCCUGAUGGGAUUCUCUUUGAUGGCAUUAUUUACAAAAUCUUGCCUGGAGGUUAUGCAGUCAUUGGAGCUGCAGCUUUGACUGGCGCAGUGAGCCACACAGUAUCCACGGCAGUGAUUUGCUUUGAGCUGACCGGUCAGAUCUCCCACAUCUUGCCCAUGAUGGUGGCUGUCAUCCUUGCCAACAUGGUGGCUCAGAGUUUGCAACCAAGCCUUUAUGACAGCAUUAUCCAAGUGAAGAAGUUACCCUACCUGCCAGAUCUGGGCUGGAAUCAAAUAAGCAAACACAAUCUCUAUGUUGAGGAUAUUAUGGUGUGUGACGUAAAAUUCAUCUCCUCUAAUUGCAAAUACCGGGACCUGCAGGAUAUACUCAAAAACACAACUGUUAAGACCUUUCCUCUGGUGGAUUCCCCAGAGUCUAUGAUCCUCCUGGGCUCAGUGGAGCGUCCAGAACUCGAGGCCCUGCUGCUGAGGCACCUCAGCUCUGAGCGACGUUUGCACCUCACCCGAGAGAUGCAGCAAAAGCUGGCUGAGUCACCGUAUGAUGGGCAAAGGUGGAAGCAUGAAUCGUUUGCUUUUGUGGAUGAGGAUGAGGAUGAAGAGGAAAAGACAGAGCUUCCACAGCAACCUGCUUUCAUCUCCAGUUACCCAGAAGGACCCAAUGGCCCAGUGGCUCCUCAUAAACCCUUGCCAGAGACUCCACCACCUCAGCAGACUCCAAGACGAAGAUUCUGGCGUUUGAGGAGACUGAUGCAACAGCUUCUGUGCCUUUACCACCCUUCUCCUUCACCAGAGAGAACAGCCGAGCAGGAAGUACCAGAGUUUGAAGACCCAAUGAAGCCAGAGGAGAUAGAAGCUUGGGAGCAGGAGGAGCUAGAGAAAGAGGUGUGCUUCGACAGCUGCCGGAUAGACCCCUCUCCCUUUCAGCUGGUGGAGAGGACCUCUCUGCACAAGACACAUACCUUGUUCUCGUUGCUGGGACUCAGCCAUGCCUAUGUAACCAGCAUGGGGAAACUGAGAGGUGUGAUUGCACUGGAAGAGCUCCAAAAAGCGAUUGAGGGUUCCACAAGCUCUGGUGUCCAGCUUCGUCCUCCCCUUGCCAGUUUUCGUGACACAUCAACCAAUAAGGAGCAGGCCAAAUGGGACACACGGAUGUGGAGCAAACAGAACAGCGGCGCAGCACCUGGGGGCAUCGUGGUGGACUCAGGAACAGACACUUCAGGGGUCCCCAGCUCUCCUGUCCCCCAACCAUCUCCCAGUCCCAGUGAAGGGAAAGGGAUACGCUCCACCUCUGUCGCUGACAUGGAACUGGAAGAAAUGGAGCUUUCUGGACCUGCUUCUGAAAACAUCUCAGAUAUCCUCAAGGACCUCAACCUGCGCUCUACUGAAGUGGAUGAGGAUGAUGAUGAGGAUGAUGAUGAUGUGCCACUCUAAUUGCAAAGAAAAGGGGUUCAUCUUGCCCCUUCCCCAAGGUACUCCUGCCAUACUUGUGCUUCAAGGAGAGACUGUGGCCUGCCUCCCUUUGGCACCAGUGGAUGGAAAUCCAUGCUGGAGAGUCUUGGCUGAGUUGAUUAGUUUUUCUUUCUGCCACCAUCCAUGGGUAGGCUAUAUGGGAAACAAAUGGGCCAGAGGAACCUGGAUUUAUUUCCCUUGGUCUUGCCUCUGUUGAUGACUGUGAUAAGCCUAGGCAGGACAUUCAGUAGGGCUCCUUCCACUUUAUAUGACAGACAGUGCAGCAGUUUUCCUUCUGGUGAAACUUCCUUUUUGUUUCAUCUCCCUUCUUCAUCCCCAUCAACAUGGCCAGCAUAAUUUUCAUCACUAUGUUCAAUGAAACACUAAUCUGCAGAGGAGAUAGAUGAAGGAUUUAUCCCAGGCUCAGCCCAACUGUAGAGAGAUUUCAGUCCAGUUUGUGAACAGGUCCAGAAUGAAAAAAAAUGGUGACAUCAACUAUAGAUAGGAGUUGUUGGUUGUAUGUAUGUUUGAUUUCAUUUUUGCAGUGCCCUUUCCUGCCGCAUAAGCAUACAUGCUCCAAGUGUGAAAGUGUCUCCUCUAUAGCUUCCAUAUGCCUCACAAGCCACCACCUCAACAUCUUGUAAUAGUUGUUGUUCUUGUAUGCCUUCAAGUCAUUUUUUGCCUAUGGAGACCCUAAGGUGAACCUAUCAUCAGGUAUUUUUUGGUAAGUUUCUUCACAGGGGGUUUGCCAUUGCCAGCCUCUGAGGCUGAGAGUGUGUGACUUGCCCAAAGUCAACGAGUGGGUUUCCAUUGCCAAGCCGGAAUUCAAACCCUGGUCGUCCAAUGUCCUGAGUAAUAUUAAUAGCAGCCCUAAGUCAUACUGUACAUUGUUUCAUCCAUCUGCUGGACCCAUUGUUAUCCCACAUUGCCAUCUAGAAAUUUCCCUUGUUCUGAAACCUUUGACUAAUGUGUUUUGUCAGAAUAAGAAAAUUAAGAAACCAAAUCAGUUGCUCAGCCUAUAUCACCUGAUAUGUAUAUUUCUUUGAACCCUUCCGAUAGAAAAACUGAACCAAGGGAAGAUUCAGUGCCCUGACCCAGCAACUAGAGCUGCAUGUGUAGGUCUAAAAGCAUUUUAAAACUUUAAAAA